CCGGCAGUAAACUGUUAAAAUUGUAUCAAGUAGCUUUUUACAAAUGUAUCAUUACUCGCCAAGUAAGUGACAACAACGACUGUAACGUCCUGGAAAUUAAUCGUUCAGCUUGACAUGAUUGUGAUUGCGACGCCGAAUUUCCAGACAAGGCCACGACGAUAGCUAUUCUAUAAAAAAACUGAAACAGCAAUCGGUCUUACGAUACGGAUUGCAAUUGCCCUGUUUACAUCUUUAAUAUACGAGUGUACUUUUACCGAGACUGGAGUGUAUCUGAUGCACUCCUCCAUUGUACUGUUAGUUAUAGAAAGAUGGCUGUACAGCUUGAUAGCGGAGGGAAAGAUGAUUUGAAAACACAAUUUAUUACACGAGAAGGGACAUAUAAACUCAUGACCCUGUCGGAGUAUUCUAGGCCAAAUCGGGUAGGAUAUACCAAUAGCCAGGGAAGCGCCUCUGUCAGGGUCUCAUUUGUUACGCUACCCGAUCCUACUGAUCCCACUGGUAUACAGGGACUCGGCGACCGAAUGUGUUUUAAUUUUGGGAAAGAAUUGUAUGUUUAUGUCUACAGAGGUGUUAAAAAGGCUGUAGAUUUAAAUAAACCAGUAGAUAAAAAAUUGUAUAAGGGAACUAAUCCAACUUGUCACAAUUUUAAUCAAACAACAACAACAGUCGAAAGUGCACCAUUAUUAGUUGGUUUUUCAACAGGGUUAAUCCAACUAAUAGAUCCUAUAAAAAAAGAACUCAGUAAACUGUAUAAUGAAGAGAGGCUAAUAGAUAAAACAAAGGUAACCUGUAUAAAGUGGGUACCUGGCUCAAGCAAUUUAUUUUUAGUAUCUCAUAGUUCAGGUCAACUAUAUCUUUAUAAUGAAGAACUUAUGUGCGGGACAACUCCACCGCAUUAUCAAUCAUUCAAAUCUGGAGAUGGUUAUGCCAUUCAUACGUGUAAAACCAAGUCUACUAGAAAUCCAUUAUAUCGAUGGGUUAUCGGAGCUGAAGGCUGUUGUAUAAAUGAAUUUGCUUUCAGUCCGGAUGGCACUAAUCUGGCAGUUGUAUCUCAAGAUGGAUUUCUACGUGUUUUUCAUUACGAUACUAUGGAGCUAGCAGGUUCAGCAAGAAGUUACUUUGGUGGAUUUCUUUGUGUAUGUUGGUCACCAGAUGGUAGGUACGUUGUUGUUGGCGGUGAGGAUGAUCUUGUUACAAUUUGGAGUUUUCAUGAAAAGCGAGUUGUUGCUAGAGGUCAGGGACAUCAUAGUUGGGUUAGUGUUGUGGCUUUUGAUCCUUACACAACAUCCUAUGGAGAACACGAUCCUGAUUUUAGUGGCUCUGAUGAUGAAAUGUCUGUAACACACAAUAACCAUAAUCAUAUUCAUGAAAAAGCCAAAAGAUUAUCAACUACGUCACAAAAUAUCCAUUCAAAUAGGAAUUCAUGUAGUUCUGAAUUGAGAGUAUCUGGCGGUACGUGUUAUAGAUUAGGCAGUGUUUCCCAAGAUACACAACUUUGUUUGUGGGAUAUAACAGAAGAUGUUCUUCGGCAAUCAGUAUGCCCUAAGCAGAGAGCAUCUAUUUCUGCUACAGGCUCUGGUAUAUUUACCUCUUCAGGGACCUUUAGUAGUGGUAAUGGUGCCAUGUCAAAGCAUUAUACUAAUAACAGUAAGCAUAUUAAUUCUAACAACAUUCAUUUUAAAGAGAGUACUAGUAGUAACAAUGACAACAGUAACAACAGUACAAGUACUAAUGUUGCUGUAUCAACAGUAAACUCACUGACUCAAAGGUUAGCAGGAGGACUUGGUUUUGGGGAGAGAAAAGGUGAUAAUCACAAGAGGAACUUUAGCCUAACCAUAAGAAGUAGUGGUGCAGCAGGAAAUAGCACUAUCUUACAAAAUAAUAGUAUAGACAAAACAGGAAGUAGUACAAAUGGAAGUAACUUUAAUAGUGUCGGUACAAGUUUAGGUACAAGUAAAAAAGUUAGUUCUGUGAUGGAUGAUCCUAUGAGAUUAAUAGGAACUGCCUGGUGCCCUAGGUUUGACGAGUGCCCUGUACUCGAGCCAUUAGUGUGCAAGAAAUUAGCACAUGAGAGACUGACUGAAUUAGUAUUUAGGGAAGAUUGUUUCGUUACGGCGUGUCAAGAUGGAUACGUAUAUACUUGGGCAAGACCAGGUCACAUGUUUGGAAUUAAUCAAAUUGGUACUGCCCUUCGUGUUAUGAGUCCAGCAGAAAGUAGCAGUACCAUAGUGUAACGACAGCCCAACUUUUCAACUGUCGAAUAUCAAGAAUCCAGUAUGACAUUGUAGAAAAUUGUCAUGAAACGUUCUUCGUACAAUUAAAAGGAAAUCAUCACUUAUCUGUAUAAAUAUCAAACAAGAGUGAUCAUUUCAAUCCACUUCACUAGACAUAUAAUGAAAUAGAUGGUGACAACGAGUUAUUUGAUUUAUUCAAAAUGGCCCUAUCGAGACUGACAAAACUUAACAAAGCAACGUUACGAUUUCUUCUAAAUGCUUGUAUAACGAGCCAUCAAAUAAUAUUUCUGGAGUUAAUGUAAGAAUGAAUGCAAAUGACGAAAUUUUCAUUAAAACUAUUUCAAAGAAAAUCUA